GCAGACGAGAAAUAACAUCAGCGUUACAGUUUCUAACAUUUCAGCAGCGUCUGUGAUCAUCAGGGUGUGAAGAAAUGACCCUGAAACUGUAACGUGUUGUUUUACUGCUGGAGUCAGUGGAACUGGAAACUGACGAGGGACUCUUCUUGACUGAAUGUAAUGUUUUAGGUUUCUGUGAGUCGUGUCAAAUUGUAUUACUGCGAGAGAAGAGAGCUGAGUUUACGCUACAUUUGGAGAAUGCCAGCUGAAGCUGCCAGAUCAAAGGCGAUAUGGCGCUCGCUCCGUGAGCCAUAAUACACUGAACCCUGAAGACGCCGGGAUGAAUGGCGAGCUGAGAACCGGUCGCACCACAACAGCCAAGAGAGGAAGCAGCGCCCCCGACAGAUCUGACUGUGAGAUGGAGUAUGACAGAUACCCUGAUGACCACUACAACAGGGUGUUUGACUACCAGCGUGUCCCCUCCUCGGUCCCGGUGGAUCCCAGUCCUGUGAAACGGCCCCGCCCUUCAUCUUCAUCCUCCUCCUCCUCCUCCACAGCAGCUCUGAGGGUGAAGAGCAGCAGAGCUUCCAGCAGGAGCAACAACAACACACACUCCUCCUCCUCUGACAGCAAAUUGAAGAUGGCGGAGCUUCUUGCCAUAAAGAGGGAGCUGACGGUGAUCAAGGUCCAGAUCGACGGCCUGUUGGACUGUGUGGACAAGAUGGACCAGCAGAGGAAGGACUGCUCAGAGUGUCCUCAGGGCAGGGAGCCCACUGUAUCAGACUCUCCUCAUCGAGGUUCAGUCAGCAGUCUGGAGAGAGAAAGUCCUGAACCAGGAGAAGCCAGCGAGGACGAGCCGCUGCACUACUACCCCCACAGCUACCCCCACAGGAUAAAGCAGCUUCAGUCUGAUCUGGAGGACGAUCUGUGAUACUGCAGCUCAGAGCCUUCCAUAAACAGAAGCUGGGUUUGGUAACAGUUGGGAUGGAAGAUGCUCCAAGGAGGCGUUGGCAACAUGAAUUGCAUUGGACUGACUCUCCUCCACCACAAAUCUGUCGCUUAUCUGUUUGUCACUGUCAGUUUGAUUUUUAUUCUGCUGUACCAUCUCCAGUUCUGCUUUACAGUCCACAAUGACGACAAAAGCCCCAAAGUAUCCCUGGUACAUCACUGUCUCUGGUGCCCAAGCUAACAUAUCACGUGGGACAAUAUAGCUGAGUGAUGUUAUACAACUGUAGUGUAAAAUAGUGCACCUACCAAAAAAAAGCAUAUAAUUCAUGAGCUAUGGCAGAUUUUUUGUUAUUUUUAGUUCUUUUAUUUGAGCUCUUAUUACCUUGCUCCACUGUUGGACUACUCUCUGAUUAAUAUUAAUACAAUCAGUGUGGCAGCAGCUGGCAGCUCCUUAUCACACAGUUUAUUUUCAUCAUGUGUAUUAUAAUAAUUAUGUGUAAACAGAUGUGUACAGGCACUGUGGUUCUGUAUUAAAGGUUCAGUGAGCACAGUUUUAUGACUCUGGGCGAAUUACAUUUGGAAAAUCAGUGUUAAGUGAUAAACAGAGUGACAAUUUCCUGAAAUGAAGAUGAACUCUUAUUAAAAAACUACAUGUAGCGCAUAUAAAUGGAAAGAUAGGAGGAUGGAGUAAAGCUGUCAGUAGCCAUUGCUUCAGGUUAGAAAUCGAGUAAAACUGUUUACUUUAGCUGUGAAAUGAACAGUUUGGUUGAGGUCAGAUGCUAAAACAGUUUGGUACAGGGUUUAUUGAUUUAGUUCAACAACAACUUGACAGGCAAAAAAGUUUGAUUAACUGAUCAGUUUAGCAGAGGAAUCGUUUGGUUCAGUUUAAGGUUAAGGUUAGCUAACAGGUCAGUUUAGCAGAGAAAAUGGUUUUAUUAAGGUUAGCUAAUGGGUCAGAUUAGUGGAGAAAACAUUUGAUUUAGGUUAGCUAACCGGUCAGUUUAAAAAAAAAGAAAUGUGUUUCGUUAAGGUUAGUUUUUGGUCCAGUUCAGCAACUAAAACAGUUCGUAGGCUACUACAUAUACAUGUAAGCUAACGGAACCGUCUACCAGCAAUGGUUGGUUAGCUAACAGUUCAGUGGCUAAAACAGUUCGUAGCCUACUUCAUACACAUUACAUGUAGGCCUAGGCUAAGCUAACGGAACAGUCUACUAGCAACGGUUGGUUAGCUAACAGUUCAGUGGAUAAAACAGUACAUAGGCCUACUACAUGUAAGCUAACGGAACCGUCUACCAGCAAUGGUUGGUUAGCUAACAGUUCAGUGGCUAAAACAGUUCGUAGCCUACUUCAUACACAUUACAUGUAGGCCUAGGCUAAGCUAACGGAACCGUCUACCAGCAACGGUUGGUUAGCUAACAGAUCAGUUUAACAGGAUCAGUCUGGCAGGUAAAACAUGUUUUUGUUCAGUUUAGCAGCUAAAACAACUUGAUCAAGGUUAACAUUUCAGUCAUCGUUAAAUCAAAGAACUCCCAGAAGAGGUUGAGAGAGGACAUUAGAGGUAAGUUUUCCUAGGUCAUUAAGCCAUGUCUUGAUAACAAUACCCAAAUCUGUGGUACCUUCAUGGCAUGAAAACCAUCUGUUUACUGUGUAGCUUUCCUGAGUCUAACUACGGCAUUGUUUUUGGGUUUGCAUUAACUGGAAUGUUGGACUAUACUAUUUGUUUGGUUUUGUUUUGCACAUUUGGCUAUAGAAACCAUAGUGUUUGAUUUUCCUAUAAAUCCAUUGAACUUGUGUUAUCUUGACAACUAUAGGUGAAAUUGACACGACAUUUGUUAUGAAUAUUCAUGUUCCCCAGAGGAUGCAAGUGAAUGUUGUUGAUGUCCGACACCUAUUUGUGUGUUUACACCACAAUGUACAGUUUUUAGUCGUACCGUCUCCGUCAUAUUUGACAUUUUAUGACAUCAUGUUUGUUUCACCAGAUUUUGGGUGACUGCUUUUAUGGAGAGCAAAGCUGUUGACAAGUCAAACACAUACAGAUGUUUCAUCUCACAUGUUUACCCAGCUGGAGAAUAUGGACAACUGUGACUGUAAAUAUGUUUAAAGCUUUCACGUAAACGUUUGUCGGUUUAAAAAAAAAAGAAGACACCGGAAAGAUAUUUCUGUGUACAUUAGUGGCUCUUUAUACUAAAACAAGACUUCAGACUUUUA